AUGUGGAACGGUAUUGUCAGUGGUUUGGUUGUGGUCGCGAUCGCAGCUUUGUGUCAUGGUGCGUGCGAAGAACCAUGUCCAGUACCGCCAAAACACUACAGCGAGCUUGGUUGCAAACCCAUCGUCGAGGAAGGUCAGUGUUGCCCGAAAAGGUACGAAUGUCCGGAGUUGACAGAUCGUGACGGAAACAAAUGUUACUUCAAUGGAAAAAUUUAUCCCGCUGGUGGUAAGCUGGCGCCGGCAGAUCAGGAAAUGAAUUCUUGCUCACCCGCCUGCUUUUGCUCGAACAACACCGCACCGGCCACAUUCCAGUGUGCCAGCAUAGAUUGUUUCGAGUUUUUGGAUGCGGGUGCGGACGAUUGCAUUCACCAGUACACGCAGUAUGGAUGCUGUGCGUCGAACACCGUGUGCGGGAAGGAGAAGCUUCAAAAGCUUGCGCAGUGCUAUCUGGACGACAAGCUGUAUUACGAAGGCCAGCGCAUGUACCCGGCGGAUGAACCGUGCCAUUCUUGCCUCUGCAAAGCCGGCUUCGAUAACAGCACCCUGGUGGACAAUCCACACUGCCACGAGAUACAGUGCGGACUGGAACUGCACGCUGGCAAUCGGAUCGCGAUGGGUUGCAUACCGAUCUACUUCGGAAAUCAUCGAUGCUGUCCAAUCUCGUGGAAGUGCCCGACCGACAAUGAUGAGGCGAUCGUCGACGGGCGUACGGAACAAAACGAUGUGCAGGAACCGAACAUGCAGUGUAAGUUCGGUAAGCUGACGCUCAACAAGGGUGAUGGCAUUACCAGCGACAACAAGUGUGUCGAUUGCAAAUGCACGGUGCCACCGUUGGCUCAUUGCAUUCAGCGUGCAGAUUGUUAG